AUGUAUGAGAAAGAGAGGGAACGGGAUGCAGGAGACACCCAAGCUGCGACCAUGAUCAAAGAUGAACCUCUACAUGGGAUGGGUGGAAUGAGGACGGGUUGCCUGGCCGGGAGAACCAGGCCGGGAGAACCUGGCCGGGAGAACCAGGCCGGGAGAACCUGGCCGGGAGAACCUGGCCGGGAGAACCAGGCCGGGAGAACCAGGCCGGGAGAACCUGGCCGGGAGAACCAGGCCGGGAGAACCUGGCCGGGAGAACCUGGCCGGGAGAACCUGGCCGGGAGAACCUGGCCGGGAGAACCAGGCCGGGAGAACCUGGCCGGGAGAACCAGGCCGGGAGAACCUGGCCGGGAGAACCUGGCCGGAGAACCAGGCCGGGAGAACCUGGCCGGGAGAACCAGGCCGGGAGAACCUGGCCGGGAGAACCUGACCGGGAGAACCAGGCCGGGAGAACCUGGCCGGGAGAACCUGGUCGGGAGAACCUGGCCGGGAGAACCUGGCCGGGAGAACCAGGCCGGGAGAACCAGGCCGGGAGAACCAGGCCGGGGGGAACGGUCCUGCUCUCCUCCUGCCCCUUCAACAGGUGAGGGGCAUGAGGGGAGCAGGUGA